AUGCAGCAACGUUCAAGUGUGGGGCAGGUGGACACACUGGUGCUCAAUGCCGGAGUUAUGCGGCGAGGCAGGCUUCUGACAGAGGAUGGUUUGGAAGAGACUAUGGCUGCAAACCACUUGGGCCACUUUCUCUUGGUGAAUCUGCUGCUCCCGGACCUCCUUCAACUCGAGGCAGUGGGCAAGCAGCCGAAGGUUGUUGUGGUAGGUUCGAACAUUUGCUACGCUCACGAUGUCUUCGACUUCAGUGAGCUGGUCUGUGCCUCCGAUCCCACUAUGCGGGAACUCUUCUUGGCCAAGCCUUACUCUCUGUUUCGAGCUUACGGCCAGUCCAAGCUGGCGAACCUGAUGAUGUGCCGGCAGCUGGCGUGGCGCUUGCGCCAGCGUGGCAGCAGGAUUCUGGUGAACUGCGUGCAUCCCGGUGAGGUUCUCACGCAGGUGUUCAAUGACUUCCACCCGGUGGUGCUCACGUUGUAUGCGGCUCUGCGUCCUCUGGCGCAGCUGUUUUUCAAGACACCCGCCAUGGGUGCAGUUUGCACCACCUUCGUGGCCGCCUCGCCCGGUGUCCAGGUUUCCGGAGAGUACUUCAUGCGAUGCCGGCCCGCCGAAGCCCCAGAGGUUGCACGAGACCGCAGCAACCUGGACAGGCUGUGGGCCCUCAGUGAGGAGCUCACUGGCAUCCAGUCCAGCGUUUGA